GCAAAUUGCAAGUGGAAGUAGACAAGAACCCGAACUAGGGAAUGAUCGUAGCACUUUCUUUGCUUUUGAACGGACUUAUGUCAUAUUAUUUCUUCUGGACUUGAAUCGUCAAUCCCAGGAACAUGGGGUUAUCCCAAAAUGAAACGACCGUUUGGACGGAUGAGCGCAUCGCAAACCAAACGACCGACACUUUCGGUCCGGAGGUGGUGAUUGUGCCAGUCAUAUUUGGAUGUAUAUUUUUCCUGGGAAUUAUUGGAAACACUCUGGUGAUGGUUGUCAUUGGGAAAAUCAAGUCGAGGCGCUCGAGAAGUACUACAAACAUUUUCAUCCUAAAUCUCAGUAUAGCAGAUUUAUCGUUUCUUCUGUUUUGCGUCCCGUUUCAAGCUACCAUAUACUCUCUUCCCGAGUGGAUCUUCGGGGCGUUCCUGUGUAAAUUCGUGCACUAUUUUGUCAUGGUCAGCAUGCUGGUGAGCAUUUUCACACUUGUGGCAAUGUCCGUGGACAGGUACAUUGCCGUUGUUCUCUCUAAAAAGUCCCCCUGUAUUCGUAACCGGAGGAAUGCGCUCAUAGGCGUUUGUGUCAUUUGGAUGCUUUCCUUCAUCUUUGCCGUCCCGGUUGUGCAGCACCAAAUUAUGACAGAUCACCCCAAGGCUCCCAACAGCUCGUUCUGCUGGGAGAUUUGGACCGAACGGGUGGCCAAGCACACUUAUAAAGUCACCAUUCUCGUGAUAGGUUAUCUGUUACCUCUGGUUUUGAUCACAUGUUGCUAUGCCAAGGUGUUGUAUCAUCUUCAUAAAAAAAUGAAAAAUAUGUCGAAGAAGUCUGAACGAUCAAAGCGAAAGACAGCUCAGACGGUGUUGCUGGUCGUCACUGCCUUCCUCAUCUGCUGGAUGCCACACCACAUCAUAGCGAUGUGGGUGGAGUUCGGCCAGUUCCCAUUGAACAAUGCUUCCUUUGCAUUCCGCAUCAUCUCUCACUGCCUGGCCUAUGGAAACUCCUGUGUCAAUCCCAUUCUUUACGCCUUCCUUUCUGAAAACUUCAGAAAAGCCUGCAAGCAGGUCUUCACAUGCCGCUUUUUUUACUCUCCUCCUCCUGUGGAAAAAGUGGUGCGGAUUCGCAUGGAGAAUUUCUCCACAACACAUUCUACCACUAACAUAUGAGUUAGGGAGGAAACCCUUUAUCACUGUUUAGAUAUUACUAGAAGGGAAGAGAUAGUUUUGUUGUUUCUGCUUCAUGUUAUAUAUUUCAUCCAAGGUCUAACUAACAAGGACAGUUUAAGUUACCUUGGCGCGGAAAGCCCAAUUAAUCUAUCAAAGACAUUUGCUUCUAAAAUGUUUUUAGUGUUUGUCAGUAGACUUCUUUUUUAUUUCAUUAUUUAUGUACAUAUUUAAUGUGUGUUUGAUGUUUUUUUGGAAAUAAUUAAAACGUCUGUAGAAAUUUGGUUAUUUAAUUAUGUUUUAAAGAAUAACUAAAAAACAUGACUGUGUUUGUGGAUGACCCAAAGUAGUGAUCUGAACACCAUUUGUGCAGUUUAUGUAUUUGAACAAACACUUUGUCUUAGUUUAACAAUACCAUACGUUAAACCAGGAUAUUGUGCUGUAAUUUUGUAUUUAUUCUGUAACAUUGGUUCACAUGUUUAAUGUCUACUAUAUUGAUUAUAUGUAAUGUAUAGAGAAAGAAAAUAAUUUAAGAAAAUAUCUAUUUCAUUGAACAACAAAAAGUGUAUGAAGAAUAUGGGAGAGUGUUUAAAGUGGAUGUAUCUGUACCUAAAGUAAAUGCUUAUGGGUAGCUGUUUGACAUACCUGACCAAUGGAAACUUUUGUGUAUGUGUGUGCAUCUCUUACUUACUCACACCCGUCUGUGAGAUACCAGGACAGAAGCUCUUAUAAACACAGAUUUUUUAGCAUUAGCAAAGAGUCAAGAGAGUUGCAAAGCUUCCCUUUGAAGUAACAAGGAGCAUAGACUUGGCUGGAUGGCACACAACAGGUCAGUUUCUUAUAAGGUGUAUAUAUUCACCUGCAUAAUAAGACUGUCUUUUACUCACGACUUUGAUCCUUAUAGAAUACAUCUCCAUUACAAUGCAGCUC